CAGUGAUAGCAGGCACUUCAAUGUAUGUGUGUAUGUGCUGUUUCAUGUUCAGUUUUACCGUCAGCCUUUAAGGAAGUUAUUGGAAAUCAGUAUGCUGCUAUUUAUAAGUAAUCCUCUACUGACUCAUGAGUAAUUAUUCCUGCAUGUAUUAUCAGUAGUUUUACGACCGGCUUGAGCUUUUUGACCCGACCAAGAGCCAACAGUGGCAGUAUGACUAGAAGAAACGUCCAUAACUGAAGACAGGAUGCUGGUGAGGAACUCGACAGGUUCAGAGGAUCUGCUGGGGAACAGCACUGGUGACACUGGUGUCCGCAAUGUGGAGCAGGUCCUGGUUCCGAUAUUAGACAUACUGAUUCUGGUUCUGGGGGUCGGAGGGCAAAUCAUGGUGAUGGUGAUCCUGUGUGGGAGGCGGAGAGGUGGGGCAGGACGUGUUGGACAAUCACUUCAAAGCUCCGUGACAGGCACAGGAACUGACGUCCUCCUGCUGGCUCUGAGCACCGCAGACCUGCUUUUGCUUGCCAUGAUUCCCUUCCACACUGUCGCCAUAGCCAUGCAGCACUGGCCGUUUGGGGACUUCAUGUGUCGCCUGGUUGGCUUUUUGGGAUCAGCUUGUGCCUCAGCCAGCGCCUUCACGCUGGCCAUGCUGGCUGUGUCUCGGUAUCUGACUGUGGUGAAGCCUACAAGAGCGUUCGGCCUUCUCUCUCCUCGCCGGGUGUGUAUAGCUGUUUCACUCAUCUGGGUCCCAGCCUGCUGCCUGGCUGCUCCACAGCUUGUUUUUCGUUUUGUGGGAACCCCGCGCCAAGCCACUGAUGGCCUGUCUUGCUUUGCUUUCCUGUCCCACCGCGACCAGCUCAUCUAUGGAUUGCUUCACUUCCUUAUUGCCUUCUUGCUUCCAUUGGUUACCAUUGCAGUGGCAUACAGCAGCAUCUACAUGUUCCUGUGGGGGAGGCAGCACGCCAGCAGGGUCCCCCAAGUAGAGCGCUACCAGAGCAGAGUGACGCAGACGUCGGCCAUGCUGGUGCUAGCGUUCACCCUGUGCUGGUUGCCAUCCUAUGGCCUGACGCUGGCCUUAUUGGCGGAUAACAUAUCAGGAGCCACUGGCGCCUCACCACGUUAUGGCGCCUUCAGCGUGUUUGCACGCCUCAUGGCGACUUCCUCUACAAUUAUGAACCCCAUCCUCUAUGUACUGAUGUCCCAAAAGUUCAGACAAGACCUACUGAGGCUGUUCAAGAAGGGAGGACAAAGAGCUACAGUUGCUGUUGCUAUGGCUGCUGCCUGACAGCGUUAAUAUCAGCAACUAGUUUGAUAUAACUAAACACCUGACACACAAACACUGAGCAAUCCUGACUACUGGGAAUGCCAGUAAAACAAUUACAAGCUUAGUUGCUUUGCUGAAAGACUGAAAAAAUGGACACAAUCAUUACUCUCAUGGGGAAAAUCUACUUAACAAGACAAAACAACAGCAGUCACAACAGUAGGCAACAGUCUUUGCCUCUUUACAACAUUUACCAGUAGUCUGGAUAUUGUUCAAGAAGAUCACACUGGUAGCCCUGGGAGGUGCCGCUCCACAGAGAU